AUGAAGAGCCCAUGGGAACUCGCAAACCAAUCCAAGUAUUGUCGCUUCCAUCGGCAAAGCGGACACAAUACUGAACAGUGCCGCGAGCUGAAGCGGCAAAUCAAGGAGCUCGUCCGCAGAGGACACCUCAGCCAGUACGUCCGACAGAAUAGGGGAUCGUCGCCCCUUCCGGAGGGCCCCGUUGAGCGCCACAUUGACGUCAUCACGGGUGGCCCAGCGUCCGAAGGGAUCAGUAUGUUCGGAAGGAAGGAAUACGCCCGUUCAGCUAGGGACGACGCUCCCCGACGUGGCCCCGACCCCGAGGUCGCGUUCCCCCCUGAGGGCGCUGAGCGACCAGAGCUCGACGAUGCGCUCGUGAUAAUGGCUCGAAUCGCCAACGCCUAG